AUGCCCAAAGCCGUCAAAGGCGUCCUCGUCGAAUGCGACCCCUCCAUCAAAGCCAUCAUCCUCAAGAUCGACCAAGCCAAGCACGACUACAUCGUCGAAGAUCUCGACGAUCAGACGCUCGUGGUCAAGGAGAGCCAGUUGCAGCGGUUGAAGGCGAGGCUCGAGGAGGAACUCUCGAAUACGCAGCAGAUGCCUGAUGACAGUGCGUCCGAUUGA